AGAAACUGCAGAAUCAAUGGAACGAAUAAAGAUCGAAAUGGCAGAAGACAAUCAGAAAGCUUUAGAUAAACAAAAGAAGGAACUGGAUGAGCAACAAAUGGAUCUUAAUGUAGAACGCAAAAGGCGAGACAAAGAACAUGAGGACAAGGUAGAAGAUCUACAGAAAAAAGAUUGCGUCCUUGAAACAAAUAAGGAAGACCAAAUUAAACUACUUGAUCAAAUUACAGCAUUUCAAGAGGAAAGCAGACGACAAAAGGAAGAGGCAAAUAAAAAACUCGAAGAAAUUCAAAGACUUGAAAAUAAAAAACGUGAAGAUCUUGAGGAAAAGCUUACAAUCGAGAAGGGAAAAUUGGAAGAAGAGAAAAUAAAGUUUGAAGAGAGGCAUAGACGUGAAAAGGAAAAACGGGAAGAAGCCAAUAGAAAACACGAAGAAAAGCUUAUUAGCGAAAAGGAAAAAUGGGAAGAAGAGAAUAGAAAGCACGAAGAGAGGCAUAGACGUGAAGAGGAAAAACUGGAAGAAGCGAAAAGAAAACACGAAGAGAAGCUAACUAACGAAAAGGAAACAUUUGAAAAAGAGAAGAGAAAACACGAAGAGAAGCUUAGAAGCGAAAAGGAAAAACGGAAAGAAGAAACAAGAAAACACCAAGAGAAGCUUUCAAGCGAAAAAGAAGCAUGGGAAGAAAAGAAUAGAAAACACGAAGAGAUUCUUAGACGUGUAAAGAAAACAUGGGAAGAAGACAAAAGAAAACACGAAGAGAUACUUAGAAGCGAAAAGGAAAAACGUAAAGAAACAAAACGAAAUAACGAAGAGACUCUUAGAAUGGAAAAAGAAGCAUGGACAGAACAAGUAAAAAAAUACGAAUUGAAACUUAAUAGAGAAAAGGAAGUUUUUGAAGAGGAGAAUAGAAAUCAAAGAGAGCAGCUUAGAGCUGAAAAGGAAAAACGGAAAGAGCAGAAUAGAAAACACGAAGAGCAGCUUAAAAUCGUAAUGGGAAAAAGGGAAGAAGAGAAUAGAAAACACGAAGAGAAACAUAAAAUUGGAAAAGAAAAACUGACAGAACUGAUGAAACAGGAACAGGAACGAAAAGACGAGUAUUUUUUUUUUUCGAUUGUGGAAUGCUGCUCUGAAUAA